AUGUCCACAAAUUAUUUCGUGUUGCUUUGGUGUCAAGUUAUUAAUGUAAGUAGUGCCUUCCCUGUCAAUGAUUGCAACCCUUCUGGGACUGGGUUCUUCAUUGGUGUCGUGGGUCUAUUUAAUAAUAAUAAUAAAAAUACCAACAUCAGCUAUCUGCAAUGUCACUCUGAGCUUCAUCACACCGUUUUAUUGAUUUCGGAAAGCUUUGAUGUUCAAGUCCACCGCGCUUUCCCACAGACCGAGUUUGUCCACAAAUAUUAUCCAAACUCUCUUCAAUAUUUGCUGGUACAAGAUCAUAAUGUCAAUUUGUAUGUAGCGUGUCGAUAUCUCAACAGUAAGGACCCAGAAUGUCAUAGUCUCGUUCAUUAUCUUCAAACCCACAAGAGACUAAGGAUAUGGCGUUUGCUUGUUAUAUGCUUUCGAAAGUGUCAAUUGACAAGGAUGAUAUACAAAGAAAUUAAAGAUGUUUAUUAUAUGUGGCUUUGA